CGCGAAUGUCUGUCACUGUCAAAUGCGAAAAGUUCGGAAAAUGCCCGAAUGUCGCGGAGGAAAACUCAAAUAUGUUCCAAAUCUGAAAAUCUGUCAUGAAAACCAAUAAGUAAAUAAUAUGAAUUAUGCCAAAAAUAGUAAUUCCAAUUAAAAUCUGGGACGAAUGCUCGUAAACUCUCUUCAAAUAACAAUAACCUCAAAACACAUGUACGGUAUAAGUGUAUUGUUUAGUUACCGUGUAGUUAGCAAAUGUAGCAUACGCUCUCACUCGUCUGAUAGUACUAAGAAGCUAUUGGAAUUUCUAGCCGACAUGCCUAAAGCGAAUUCAGGACGAAUCGCUGAGGCGCAACGUCAGAGGCAACAGAUAUCGAGGAAGAGUGAGAAGUAUGGUCCUAGCACAGUAUAUCUCCAGGUACUGGGAUCAGGUGCUAGAGGUGCACCCAACACACUGUAUCUCUUCACAGAUCAGAAACGAUAUCUUUUCAACUGCGGUGAGUGCACACAGAGGUUAGCCCACGAGCACAAAGUAAAACUGUCCAGACUCGACCACAUAUUCAUCACAACCAAGACAUGGCAGAAUAUCGGAGGCUUACCGGGACUGUCACUCACACUGCAGGACGUUGGGGUACCCAAUAUAACAUUGCAUGGACCUGAGGGCUUGGAUGAGUUGUAUGCUGCAACAAGGCGGUUUGUCAUAAUGAAGGACAUGCAAGUAACUAUGGCUAAGUGUAGCCCCAGUGAAGACUUUGAAGACAAUGUUAUGAAUGUUAAAUAUGUGUUAUUGGGCCCACACGACAACCUAUUAACAGGGAAGGAAUUCAAGCAACAAGCAGUAAAGAAGCCAAAAUUAGACCCCAACAUAGACAAAGAGUACGAGGAGUUCAUUCAUGACGACACAGAUUAUUACAGGCCUGAGAUGCGGAACCUAGAGCCUGGUACGCACUCUGCCAAGGCCAGGCAGCUUAGAGAACUGGCUAGUAAAGAGAAAAAUAAACCAAAGUCUGCUGUAGAGAAAGAUCCAUUGAAGAAAAAGACUGAAAAGGUUCUACAUGAACUACAGAAGAAAACCCAUUGUUCUGUUGCAUACAUCUGUACAUUAAAGAAACGACUAGGGACCCUAGACUUGGCGAAGUGUGUGGAGAAAGGUGUGAAGCCCGGUCCGAUGCUGGGACAACUGAAGAAUGGCCAGGAUGUGGUGCUGCCUGAUGGGUCACUCGUGCUGUCCAGGGAUGUGAAGACUCCUGAUGAAUCUGGGCCCGUGUUUAUUGUAAUAGACGUGCCGGAGCUAGCGUACCUGAAGGAGGCGGAGUUCUCAGCUCACUUCGACAACGGCAUUAAUCCUCCUGAGAACAUUCCUACGCUUAUAGUCCACUUCACACCGCCUCACGUCUUCCAUAAUCCUGCGUACCGCGCCUUCAUGGCUCUCUUCGGUCCCUGCACCCGUCACCUUGUCCUCAACUCUCAGAACUCCUGCCUCGGCUCAGAAGCCGUUCACCGCACACAACACAAACUUCAUCUCCUCGACCCUGACAUAUUUCCCCUACUCCGGGAUGUGAGCGUACCAGCGGUGUGGAACUCGCACCCGCCCGUGCCGAAGACGAAUAGUCCUGUUCGAUUGAAAGGAUUGGAGGAGCUUAAGAAUAAGAUAGCGCUCGCGCAGUUCCAGAAUAUUAUUAACUUGGAGGGAUCAGCUAAGGGGGAUGGUCAUCAGCCUGCCAUGGAUGACUGCGAUGCCGUGUCUAAGGUCGAAAUGUUGGCGGGACGGACCCUCACUAUGUAUCACUUGAGGCCCAAGAAACAGCUGGACAGGACAGCAGAACCGAAACUGCACAUACAAGACUACAUCCAGGAGACCAUGGACGUCGACGGCUUCGUGGGCAGCUUGGAGCAGUUCCGUCGACUCGUGGACAGCAUGCGUUACGCCAGAUGUGAUACUAAGGAGUACCCCAAGGUCGUAUUCUUGGGCACAGGCUCUUGCAUACCGAGUAAGACCAGGAAUACUAGUGCCAUUGUACUGCAUAUUGAUGAAAAUCGUUCAAUGUUGUUGGACUGCGGCGAAGGCACUUUCGGUCAGCUGGUGCGUUUCUACGGACCGAAGAAGGUCAACGCGUUCCUCAGGACACUGAAGGCGAUAUACAUCUCACAUUUACAUGCUGACCAUCAUAUUGGUCUAAUCGGCGUCCUCCAAGCCCGUCGCCAAGCUAUGCAGGAGCUGGCCCCAGGGGAGGGUGCUUCGCCCCCCACGCCGGUGUACCUGCUGGCGCCGGGACAGAUCGUCACGUGGCUCACGCUCUAUGAUCACCAGUUUGAGAGGCUCAAGAGCGAUUAUACUCUCAUUCCUAAUCAGAAUUUGCACCAUGAGCAUCCAGAGAAAUUGGAUUUAACGGCAGCAGCCCUCUCAUCAAUGGGGGUAGAAGCUAUAAAGACGUGUUUCGUCGCCCACUGUCCCAACGCGUUCGGCGUCGCUAUCAAUGUGGAUGAACGAUAUAAGGUUACAUACUCAGGGGAUACGCUGCCUUGUGAAGAGCUGGUUAAGAUCGGAACAGACUCAACCCUCCUCAUCCACGAAGCCACAAUGGAGGACGAAUUAGCCGACGAGGCUCGCAUCAAGAUGCACUCCACCACCACCCAGGCCAUAGACAUCGGCCGUCAGAUGAACGCCCGCUACACAGUACUGACGCACUUCAGCCAGAGAUACGCAAGGCUGCCGCGCUUGAACGCGCAUAUACUGAACGAUAAUAACAGUGUCGGCAUCGCUUUUGAUAAUAUGCAGAUAACAAUGAGCGACCUAGAACUGCUGCCGCACAUGUACGCCCCCCUACAGCUGAUGUUCGCGGAGCACUGCGUGGAGAUGGAGCUGAAGGCUUCGCAGCGGCAACGAGUCCGCUCCCGCCGCUCCUCAACGCCCAGCCUGCCCCCCGGUACUCACACGCCUAAACGCUCCCGUAACCAUAGCGACGCCUCCGACGAUGACGUACCUAAACGAUCACGUAACCAUGGCAACGCGGAUAUUGUUGACAAUGACCCGCUUAAAAGCACCCGUAACCAUGGCAACGAGAACAUUGUUGACGAUGACGCGCCAAAACGCUCCCGUAACCAUGGCAACAGAAAUAACAGCGAUUCGGAAAGUAGCUUGCCAGGUAUUGGUACUAGAAAAGAUAAAAUUAGUAGUGUUUCUUCGGUACAGUCGCGUAAAUUGAGCACUGAUUGUACAUCAGAAAAUGAUAGCAAUCCUGGUACGGAACCCGAUAAUGUAGAAUCUAAUUCAUCUGAAAAUAAUGUCAGCUAGACUAUCAGAAAUGACUUAGGUAGGUAUAUUCUAUUAACUUUUAAUUUGAUGGCGUGUCCAAUCCUGCCAAAGUUGUAGGUAAAUAAUAUAAUAUUUUUGGAGCUUUGCAUAUAAAAUAUUGGGGAAUAAUGUUCUAGAUUUUACUGAUUCUUAUGUUUAAAAUGAUAUUGAAAAGAUUUUCGGAAUGAAUUUCGGAGAUCAUGGUAAUUGGUCACGUCCUCAAAUUGAAGUAAUAGUUGUUGCAUUUUAAGAUUACACAUAAUUUUAUUUGUGACUUUAAACUCUUGGAAUAAGGUUUAAACUUGCUUAACUUUAUCGUCUUAACAAAAUGCGAUUACCACAAAUGUUGAAAAUAAAUUGCCUUACAAGUAAAAAAAUUGCUCCAAAAAGUUUUUGUCAUUGAGUGUUAAAAGUAAGUUAUUGAAAAACAUAGAUUGUAAUAAGUUUGCAUAGAAUGCAUUAGUUUUGUAUACACAGUACAUCUAGUUGGUAUGUAUGUUGUUAUAUUAAUAAAUAAUUUCAUGUAA